AUGAGUGGGUGGGUGGGCGGUGAAAAAGGGCGGAGCAAUCUUUUCUUUGGCUUUCCAACCCGAAAACGGCCGGCUCCCGCAGGACCAAUCAGAAAUUUACUUCCACCUCCAACCCCCUUUGGGCCGAAGGGGAACGGACACGGCCGGGUGGUAACUGUCGCAUUGCAACUCUUUUUCGUCGUCACCUCUGCUCUGCUUCACACCGUCUCUAACCCAUGCACACGCAGGCAUAAAUGCGCAGUCCCACGGGAACACAAACACUGCGCGCGACAACGCGAUUCUAUCAUUUGCCUUCUGCCCGUGUCGCUGCCUUUGCCUUCUUCAGUUCGACACAAAUUUCCAAAAUGGGGCAGACAUAUCUUCUACAUACUAAUGUGUUGUCGUUGGCUGUGUCUAUUCGCUUCUGUAUGUGUGUGUCUGGGCAUAUGA